AUGAAACUGAUCAAAUACUUUGCCUCGUAUCUUACAUACCCCGUGUUGAGCUCGCCACGUUAUCAAAGAUAUUUGGCCUCGUAUAGCAGUCAAAAUCGAAAUACUGGGGUGAAAAAGGGUGAUAAUGACCUCAAUGGUAAUUACAAAGGGUUUGUAAAGGAGAAUCCAUCGAUAUAUAAGGAAUGGUACGAACUAACUACCAAAGAGAAGCAAAAAUUCAUUAAAGAUUUUGUAAAAAAUUAUAAGACUCAUUACCCUGGUUCAAGAACAAAUGUUUCAUUAAAGGGUCUAGCAAUGGGGAUGGAUGAAUAUGAGGACUCACCUUCUGUGUUUGGUAUCUUCUACAAUGACAUCUGGAAGUUGCAAGAAAGUACGGCGGCUAACGAAAAAAAUAAAAAAUAUGAGACACAUUUCAUCGAUAAUAGAUUUGCGCACCAAAGCUUUAAGAAAUUGUUAAUCCCUAAAUAG